GGGCAGCACGUUGGAAGCGCACUGGAGCUUGGAAUGUCUCUCCCAGUCAACCGGGAAAGACGCAGCGCUGCCCUAAUGCGCUGGCCACCCCAGACGGUAUGCACAACGUUGGGUUGGCAGCUUCUACACCAGGGGUGGCACCCGAAACCCUCGCGCGGGAGCAGGGGAGGGACCGCCCCCAGCCGGGGUCCCGCGAGUCCGGGGGCAGCCGCGGCUUUGGGCAGAACCAUUCUCCGGAGAUGGAGAGGGGAGAAGAAGUCUUUCGCUCCCAUCCCAACUCGGAGCCAUCCGGAACCUGCACUCGCCCUUCUUUCCCUCCUUUUGUUACUGUGCUCUGUUCCGUCACCACUAGCUCCCCUCCCGCGCGGCUCUGAGUCCCGCUUGCCACUAGUUGCUUCUCAGCAGCCCCCACCCCUACGCGUGGUCCGGCCCGGCGGCUGGCGCAGGUUAUAAAGGUCCUGCCGCUGCAGCUGACAGCGGACUCAAGAUGCACCCGAAGGUGUCCGGGAUGGGUUGCGCUGGGAGCCGGCCGGGACCCGGACACGGACACCCAGCAGUACUCACCUGUGCACCCUCGCCCUCAGCCAGUCCCGUUCUGGAGUCCUCUGCGCAGCCGCAGGCACGGGGCACUGGACAGAGAGCAGGAUCCCGGGCUGCCUCUGGAUCCCAAGUCCUCUCGGAAGCCGGCACCUGAGCUCGCCCGGCCUCCGAGGCUGGAGUCAAGGCAGGAGCCCGGCCCCUGUCUGCAUUCUCGGCCAUCCAAGGGGAUGUCCGGUCUGUGCCCAACAAUUCGGACGCGCCGUGGGCCCGCUUCGUAUUCCAAGGGCCGUUUGGUUCCCGGGCCACUGGCCUGGGGACUGGAAAGGCAGCGGGCAUCUGGAAGACACCAGCCGCCUACUUUGGCCGGCGACCCGGGGUGUCCGGCCCUGAGCGCGCCGCCUUUAUUCGGGAGCUGGAGGAAGCACUGUGUCCUAACCUACAUCCGCCAGUCAAAAAGAUUACCCAGGAAGACGUCAGCGUGAUGUUAUAUUUGCUGGAGGAGCUUCUCCCACCUGUCUGGGAGAUCCCAGAUGCUGGGAGAGCAUUACCUAUGGUGAUGGUCCUUCUGCAGAGAGAGAGGGACCUGAACACUGCAGCUCGCAUCGGCCAGUCUCUGGUGAAACAGAACAGUGUUUUGAUGGAGGAGAACAGCAAGCUGGAAGCCCUGCUGGGCUCAGCCAAGGAGGAGAUUUUACACCUCAGACACCAGGUGAACUUGCGGGAUGACCUCCUCCAGCUCUACUCAGAUUCUGAUGAGGAGGAAGAGGAGGAAGCAGAGGAAGACCAGCAGCGUGCUCAUCCCUGUGAUGCCCCCAAGCUGAUUUCGCAGGAGGCAUUGCUGCACCAGCACCACUGCCCACAGCUGGAAGCCUUGCAGGAGAAGCUGAGGCUGCGGGAAGAGAAGAAUCAUCAGCUGAGAGAAGAGGCCUCUUGACUUGACACCCUUGAGGAUGAGGAACAGAUGCUCAUUCUGGAAUGUGUGGAGCAGUUUUCUCCACCAUAGGAGACUCUUCCUGGUUUCCAGGAGACCUUGACGGAGGAGCUCAGAACGUCUCUAAGGAGGAUGAUCUCAGACCCUGUGUAUUUUAUGGAAAGGAAGUAUGAGAUGCCCAGAGGGGACACAUCCAGUCUAAGGUAUGAUUUUUGCAACAGUGAGGAUGGAGGGCAGGUUUAGCGGUUUGAGGCUGAGGAAGGGUUGAUGCUGGCAGCAGAUAUUAUGCCGGGGGAAGAUUUCACGCCUGCAGAGAAGUUGGUGCCUGAGGAGGAGCUGGGGACUGCCGAAAAGGUGCUGGCUGAGGAAGGGGUGAUGGAAGAGGCAGAGCUGGUGUCGGAGGAGACUGAGGGCUGGGAGGAGGUGGAACCGGAGCUAGAUGAGGCAACGCGGAUGAACAUGGUGACGUCAGCCCUGGAGGCCAGUGGCUUGGGCCCUUCACACCUGGACAUGAAGUAUGUCCUCCAGCAGCAGGCCAACUGGCAGGAUGCCCAUUACAGGCGGCAGCUGAGGCGGAAGAUGUUCCAGAAAGGUGAGUGGCCCCACGGGGACCUCCCUGCCACCAGCCGGACAAGCUGCAGAUCCUCGUGCAGAUGAAAAAGCCGGCCGGGCGCGGUGGCUCAAGCCUGUAAUCCCAGCACUUUGGGAGGCCGAGACGGGCGGAUCACGAGGUCAGGAGA